AUGAUUCCAAUGGGUAAAAAAACAAAUGCAUCGCGGUUUCCGACGGAAAGAAAAAAAAAACAACAGAAGAAGAAGACACGCGACAGAUCAAGUGUUAUUAAGUGUGGUGAAUCGCGAAGCAAAGUAAUCUAAACAAACUGGCGUGUUUAUCUAAAACGAAGUACCAUUGAAAGGGCGAGAAAACAACUCGCGAAGAUGAUCGACUUCCUUAAUUCGUUCAAGUCUUUGAUCAAAUUAGAGAAGAUCCACACGGACAACAACAUUUUCAAACUGCAUUACAAGUUCACUGUGAUCCUGCUGAUAUUGUUCUCGAUCCUGCUGACUUCCAAGCAGUACUUUGGUGAUCCAAUCGAUUGCGACGUGGAGACGAGGAAGAGCGUCAUCGAUACGUAUUGUUGGAUUUACGGAACGUUUGUUAUCAAGCGUACACUCAACGAGGAAAUCUUGUCCGGUUUGGGUAAUUACGUCGGAGAGAAGGCGACUCCCUAUUGGCAGAGGGUGCUGAGUUACCGUGACAACGAGGAGAUAAUCACGCAGAAGUAUUACCAAUGGGUCUGCAUAGUCUUUUGCUUUCAAGCUUUGCUUUUCUACAUUCCGAGGUAUCUGUGGAAAUCGUGGGAAGCCGGAAGGUUGCGUUUGAUUGUUAAAGAUUUAGGCGGACCUUUGGUGUCGCAGAACUGGAACGGAGAGAACAAGGAGCGCCUCAUUUCGUACAUCCUGUGCGGGAAGUACUCGCACAAUUGUUACACUCUGCGAUUCGCUUUCUGCGAAGUUUUAAAUUUUGUCAACGUCUUGUUUCAGAUAGUUUUAAUGGAUUGGUUCUUGACCGGGCAAUUCACUGGGUACGGUAUAGGAGUGGCGACCUAUCACAACGUCAACCCGAUGACCGCGGUGUUUCCGAAGAUCACGAAAUGCACGUACUACAGGUACGGUCCAUCCGGUUCUCUGGAAGCCAGAGACGCUCUGUGCGUUCUCCCACUCAACAUCGUCAACGAGAAACUGUUCCUCUUCCUGUGGUUCUGGUUCGCAGCCCUGACGCUUCUCUCCUUCUACCAGUUGAUUUACCGUGCAGUCGUUCUGGUAUCGCCGAAGUGUCGCUCGAAAUUGCUGAGAGCCAGAUGCAGGUAUCUGUCAGAGAAGCACUCGGACGCGAUCACGAAACGCCUGACCUUCGGCGACAUGUUCUUCAUGGAUCAGCUGGGGAAGAACAUGAACCCCAUCAUCUUCAAGGAGCUCGUCCAGGGCGUCGGCCUGAGUCUCGUCGACGAGAAGAGUCUGUACAAUCCGGAGAUCACAAUCGCACUCUGAGCACAAUUACUUAACCCCUAAGUAAUCGAUUACUUAAGUACUUUUUAUUACAUGUAGGUUUAACGUUCAGUUCAGUUCAACGUUCGGAUGCAGAAGGCGUUGGUCAUAAAGUUUUUAUAGCCCUUCGAAUGUGCAAGACUAAGUUUAGGAAUAGUUUAAAUUUUUUUCUAAGUUUGACCUUAGUUUUGAUCUCACGAAAUUUGUUGGGACCUUUAAUUUAAUUAUUUAUAAUAUUCUAUUUAUAAGUCGUAUUUACAUGUUAAUGGUUACUGUUUUCUCAUUAAAUAAAUAUUUUUGCAU